AUGGCUACCCUAACCGACUCGACGGCCACCGUCUCGGCGAAUGACCCAACGGCGGCGACAACGAUGACGGCUUCCGAUGGAGGUGAAGCGACCGGCACCUUGGUCGCGAUGACGACGCCCUUUUCGAUACCCCCAGACUGCCUCGGCUUCGACGGUGCUGUCAUGGACGUGUACCGUGCAUAUUACGGCGCCCCGAAUACCACCCAAUUGACGCAAAAUAUUCGCGACAUGGACAGUUCGUCGUGCUGGCCCUCCGGCGCAUACCGUGGGACAUACAGCCCGGCCGUCUGCCCAACCGGGUGGACGUAUUACAGCAUAAUGGCCGGCGACUUUACCGAGGCAGUUACUGUCACGACAUCGCCCUCGGGGGCUCCUUUGUCUACCACAAUGACGUACUAUACAAACCAGCUUUCUGCGUAUUGCUGUCCCAGCGGUUUCACAAUGGCCGUUUCAACAUGGUCUGUAGACAGCAACUUCGCCCAUGCCUGUUCACGGACUGUCUCGUCCGGCGACACCACGGUCGAGGUGACGCGGACGAGCGACGCCGCCACCACGACCUUCCAAGGCACGGGCACGCUGGUCAUCCCCACGCCGCUGACCGUCUUCUGGCACCAGGAGGACGCCUCGAUGCUGACGCCCCAGCCGCCCGACAUACCGGACGGCUCGUUUGCGCCGUCCUGGCUGCCGGGCCAGACCGUGGUCGUUCACGACAAGAUCCGGUACGACGACUCGCCGCGGAGCAACCGCCUCGCGACGGGCGUCUUUGCGGCCGUCAUUGCCGUGCCCAUUGUCAUCUUCCUCGCCAUCCUGGGCUGCUGCAUCUGCUGCUUCCGCAUACGUCGCAAGCGCGAGAAGCGCGAGAUUGCCAAGGAGCAGGAGGAAUCGCAGGCGCUGGCCGUCGAGAGGACGUCGACGCAGGAGCGCACGCUGGACCAGUCCACAGACGGGGGUGCUGUUGCAACGCGCGAGCCUUUGCGAGGGAGCGACACGGCAGCGGCCGCGGCGGCGACAGGUUCCUCGACCACAGCCCGGCAAGCGAGCAGUGAUGCGCAACGGCCUGCCGCGGAGACGCUAGUGGGAGGGAACCCUGUGGUGCAUUCCCUGUCCGAGAUUUCGAAGCCUCCAUACCCGGGCCUGCCGUCACAGGGAUUCGACGGAAUCGAAGAGCCGCCUCCAUACGUCGAGGCAGCACCCAGCUAUUCAGCAUCGCGGAGGUCGGCGGCAGGCUCGCCAACCUCCCCGACACAGGAGCACACAGCGCCGCGCGACGGGAGCUCGGACCGACCAGCUGCAUAA